AUGCGCAAAUAUGAGGCUAUAAGGCAGAUGAGUCUACCAGAAUCGGGCGUCUACGCACCGAGUUAUGCCAACUACAUACAGAACGUGAUUUCCCCUAUCUUGGUGUCGCCUGUCCGACUGGGCGGCGUUGGACGCGAUGACUUAUCUGAUUAUCCAAUUAGCCCAAUCGGACCCUGCUCGUCCGAUGGACUGAGUCCGGUAGAGGAGUUCUGGCAAACUCUCAUGUAG